AUGCAUACGUCCUGCAACCAGAGCAGCUACCAGCAAGCAGUUGCCAACAUGGAGAAAAAUCGUCGCAUUCUUCUGGUGACAUUUCCAGAGCAAGGCCACAUCAACCCAUCCCUUGAGUUCGCCAAGCGCCUUGCGAAAAUGGGUGUGGAGGUCACCUUCGUCACGACCUCCUUCGCCCUCAAUCGCAUGGCUAAACGUGCUCCUACUCUACGGGGCUUGAAAAUGGUGGGUUUCUUCGAGGGCCAGGACAAACGGUGGACGGAAGUUGACGACUUGGAACAAUUCAUGGCUGAGCUGAGGCGGUGUGGGUCAGAAGCAAUUAAGCUUCUUAUCACUUCUAGUAUAGAGAAAGGCCAGCCGUUCGACCACGUUGUCUACACCAUCUUCCUCCCUUGGGUGGGCCAAUUGGCUCACGAUCUUCAUCCACCAUUUUUGCUGUCUACUACCAUUUCUUCAACGGUUUACGGCGAUCCUAUUAGAAACAUCGCUUGCUCUGAUUAUAUUGAGUUGCCGGGACUCCCACCCCUCGCUGCUCCCGACCUUCCCUUAUUUCUCCAAGCUUCCAACUGCUACAAUUUUGUAUUUCCCUUACUGAAGGAACAUUUGGAGAUUGUUGAAUUAGAAACUAACCCAAAGAUACUCGUGAACACCUUCAAUGCAUUGGAAGCUGAGGCUCUCCGGGCUACGGAGAAGCUCAAUUUGGUAGGCGUGGGACCAUUGAUCCCAUCGGCUUUCACGGAUGGUAAAGAUCCAUCUGACACUUCAUUUGGAGGAGAUCUCUUCCAAAAUUCAAGUGAUUAUAUUGAGUGGUUAAAUUCAAAGCCACAAGGAUCUAUCGUUUAUGUAUCUUUCGGAACCAUGUCAGUGUUGUCAAAGCGGCAAAUAGAUGAGAUUGCCAGUGGGUUGCAAGAAAGCCACAGGCCAUUCCUAUGGGUGAUAAGGGCCAGCUCUGAAGGAGACAAGGAAGAGCAGCUGAAGUUCACAGAGAAAUUGGAAAAACGAGGGAUGAUAGUGCCGUGGUGCUCCCAAUUAGAGGUUUUAUCGCACCCGUCUGUUGGAUGCUUCGUGACUCACUGCGGAUGGAAUUCUUCUUUGGAAAGUUUGGUCUCAGGGGUGCCGGUGGUGGCUUUUCCACAGUGGUCGGAUCAAACGACUAACGCCAAGCUAAUUGAGGACGUGUGGAAGACAGGAAUAAGAGUGGUGAAGAAUAAAGAAGGAAUAGUGGAGGGGAAUGAGAUAAGGAAGUGCAUAGAUAUAGUGAUGGGAGGUGAAGGAAGAGGGGAAGAGAUGAGAAGGAAUGCCCAGAAAUGGAAGAGCUUGGCAAGAGAAGCUGCAAAAGAAGGCGGAUCGUCAGACUUGAAUCUCAAUAAUUUUCUCCGACGAGUGAAAGCCGUUUAA